AUGGCUACCAAUCUUGAAACAGCCAAACCACAGAAGUUCACCCCGUUGAGCUCGUUCGUGGAGUCGUCGUUCUUCACCAAACUCUCCCAGUUGAAAUUGGAUGAGUUCAAGCUUGACGCCUCCAAACGUACCCUCAACGGGUUCACCAUCCACCCCACGAAGUUGAACAAGUUCAAUGACGUUCCAUUGAUCAACUUGGACCAUGAGAGCUUUUCUGGCACUUCGCAGGAUAACGCCAAUGUCGUGCUUGAGGGCCUAAUUUAUAACGUAAACACCAUCGAAGAGUUCAAACUGAUCGAUAAGCAGGCCCUCUUAAGGGAAUGGGGUGAAGCCACCCACGCUUCAAUGUUCGAGAAUACUAGCUUGGACUACAGGAAGUUCAACCAAUUCUACGUGUUGAGCUUCUCAGACUUGAAGAAGUAUAAAUUCUACUACUGGGUGGCGUAUCCUACCUUCAGCUCCAAAUGGACAGCUACCCGUCAGAACACUGCAAAGGAAGAGUAUAUCAGGUUGGUUGAAAGCCACAUUGCAUCAGAGCCAUACACUCAGAUGUUGCAACUAAUUGAGGGCGAAUUGGUAUCCAACAUCUCCAAAAAGUCCAGUCACUUCGUAUUCAUUGAUACUUGCUUGAGCAAGGACAAAAUCCCAGGUAUCCAGCUCAAGAACUACUUGUUUUUCCUUGGUCAUCAUGGCUUCCAGGAAGUGGAUGUUCUAGUCUACAGAAACGAUGGUUCUUCUUUUGAAGUUCAUUUGCAAGUGGGUGAGCCUAUAACUAACAACUACAAAGUCACAGGAUGGGAAAGAACUGGCCAAGGUAAGUUAGGACCCAAGUUGGCCGAUUUAGGAUUAUUGAUUGAUCCAACUCAGUUGGCAGAACAAGCUGUGGAACUCAACUUGAAGUUAAUGAAGUGGAGAAUCGCUCCUGAAUUGGAUCUUGAAAUUAUCAAAAAUCAGAAGGUACUAUUGUUGGGUGCAGGCACCCUUGGUAGUUAUGUGGCCAGAGCCUUGAUGGGUUGGGGAGUAAGACAGAUUACUUUCGUGGAUAACGGGCGAAUCUCUUACUCGAAUCCCGUCAGGCAGCCAUUAUUCAGCUUCAACGAUUGUUUCAGUGAUAAUGGGCAAGGUCAGUACAAAGCAAUCAGAGCUGCUGAAGCUCUAAAAGAGAUUUUUCCGGGUGUUAAAGCUCGAGGUGUCAAUCUUGAAGUCCCAAUGAUUGGUCACUCAGUGACAGAUGAAACUAAAGAUAAGAGCAAUUUUGAUACGCUCUCCAGUCUAUUUGAUGAACAUGAUGCGGUCUUCUUACUCAUGGACUCCAGGGAGUCUAGAUGGCUUCCUACAGUGCUUGGUAAUGCAAAAGAUAAAAUUGUUCUCAACGCCGCAUUAGGUUUCGACAGCUAUUUGGUGAUGAGACAUGGUAACCAGACCCAAAAAUUGGGUUGUUAUUACUGCAAUGAUGUGGUUGCUCCAAAUGACAGUUUGAGUGAUCGAACCUUGGAUCAAAUGUGUACGGUGACCAGACCAGGAGGGGCAUUGAUUGCAUCUUCCUUGGCUGUCGAGUUAUUCGUUUCGAUUCUUCAACAUGAAGACAAACAAAAUGCGGAGCACUUGUCUAAAUCUAAGUUUGGAGAAGUACCUCAUCAAAUCCGCGGAUUCUUGAAUAACUUCCAGCAACACAAACUAUUUGCUCCCAGCUACAAGUAUUGUUCGGCAUGUUCGAGUCAAGUGACUCAAAAAUAUCAAGAAGAUGGAUGGGACUUUGUCAAGAAAUGUCUCAACGACACAUCGUAUCUCGAAGAAAUAUGCGGGUUAACAAAAGUACAAGAGGAAGCUGAUCUUGCAUCCGAAGAUCUCUUGAAGGACUUAGAAAUAGAUGACGAAGAUGAAGAAUGGUUAUCAUAA